AUGAAGGUGAACACAGCUCAGUUCAUGGCACUCUAUGCCUGGUAUUCCUGGCCCAAUGUGGUUCUUUGCUUCUUUGGAGGUUUUCUGAUAGACAGAGUAUUUGGAAUACGGUUGGGCACUAUAAUAUUUAGUAUCUUUGUUUGUGUCGGGCAGGUGAUUUUUGCUUUGGGAGCACUACUCAAUACUUUCUGGCUGAUGGACGUGGGCAGAUUCAUAUUUGGCAUAGGCGGAGAGUCCUUGGCGGUGGCUCAAAACACCUAUGCUGUCAGUUGGUUUAAAGGCAAGGAGCUAAAUCUUGUGUUUGGAUUGCAGCUAAGCAUGGCCAGAAUUGGGAGCACAGUGAACAUGAAUAUCAUGGGAUGGAUAUAUUCUAGAGUUCAAGAUCUUCUGGGUUAUACUGGUCCCAGUACGCUCGGGUUAACUCUCAUGAUAGGUGGCAUAACGUGUCUCUUUUCGCUGGCCUGCGCGUUGAUCCUUGCCCAUCUGGACAAGAGAGCAGAGAAGCUCCUUUGUAAAGAGCAAGGGAAAACGGGUGAAGUCAUUAAGCUAACCGAUGUGAAGGACUUCUCUUUGUCCCUGUGGCUCAUAUUUGUCAUCUGUGUCUGUUACUAUGCAGCGGUUUUUCCUUUCAUUGGACUUGGAAAGGUUUUCUUCAUUGAGAAAUUCAAAUUCUCAUCUCAAGAAGCAAGUGCAAUUAACAGUAUUGUGUAUAUCAUAUCGGCACCCAUGUCCCCAGUCUUUGGACUUCUGGUGGAUAAACUUGGGAAGAAUAUCAUCUGGGUUUUAUGUGCUGUAAUAACUACCCUUGCUUCUCAUAUUAUGUUGGCUUUUACCUUCUGGAACCCCUGGAUAGCAAUGUGUAUGCUAGGAGUGGCCUACUCCUUGCUUGCCUGUGCCCUGUGGCCCAUGGUGGCCUUUGUUGUUCCAGAACACCAGCUGGGGACUGCUUACGGCUUUAUGCAGUCUAUCCAGAAUCUUGGUCUGGCAAUUAUCGCCAUAGCAGCUGGGAUGAUUCUGGACACGAGAGGAUACUUGUUUCUUGAAGUCUUCUUCAGCGCUUGUGUUUGCUUGUCACUAAUAGCUGUAGUCAUGCUGUAUUUUGUGAAUCACCUCACAGGUGGUGAUCUCAACUGGUCUGCAAAGAAAAGGGAAAAACUGCAAAAAGUAGCUGCAUCUGAAGCGGAAGGGCGGGAGAGACUCAGACGUCAACACGAAGAUGACUUGGCUAAAUUACGGCCAAAAGCCGAUGACUUUAGUUUAAGGAAUAAAUACCUCUCCAAACUAGGCGCUCAGCUACCAGGUAAUGACUCUUCCUGUUUAUCGACAGUGGUACACAGAGGCAUGUUGAAAUAG